ACGCCAUUUAGUCUUUGAGAAGUUCAUGGAAAGAAAAAAACAAACUUCCUGAUCACCAAGUGCGAACAUGACUUCAAACAGAAUGAACAAAUUAUGGUUAUAAAAUGAAGCUUUGAAUUUUUUCUCAGCUAAAGAGUUAAUUAACUUCUUUUUCAUUCGGUAUGAAAAAUCAUGAAACUUGUAUGCCAUCGAUAAUAAAGGAUAGUAACUGCAGUGUCUAUUGAAGAAGGAAGUUUACUCACAAACUAAGAAAUCACUUGGCAGUUUUCAAAUGAAAAGAGCUAAAAAUGUCGUCAGACUUAUGGACAGCGCGACUUCAUGUCAAUAGUGAUAUUUAAGGCUUAUUUUCUGAUAUUAUACAAUGUUUUACAUGCAGUGCAUUUGGUCUAGAAGAUGAUACAGCCAUGUUAAUUAGGCUUGAAUAAAUGUUUGUUCUUAAAAGAGUAUUUGAGAGUCAAGCCAUAACAAUGCUUCUUUAUGCCUUUAUAGUCUUGUCUUUGAACUUGACAAAGGAAGGCAACUCUUUGUCAGAAUACAACACCGAAAUUUUCGGGUGGAGCAAACGAUACUUGUUUGAAGGUCAAUGUCAGUGUACAGAUAUUGCCUGUAACUGUUCAGGUCAAGGGCUUUCCACUGUCCCAAAGAAUCUGUCAGCCACUAUUCGAGUUCUAGACUUGUCCAACAACAUAAUCUCUAAUCUGUCUGAUGGCUGCUUCUGUAGAUACACUGAGCUGCAGUAUUUAAAUCUUUCUUCAAACAAUAUCGCUAAACUUCAAGUGGGAUCUUUUGCAAGCUUAAAAAAACUUCUGGAACUUAAUUUGCGAGAAAACAAGUUGUGUUACAACAAUCUCACUUUUCCUAAAGGCGUUUUCUGUGAUUUAACCUCGUUGUUACUCUUAAAAUUGGACGAAAACUCGGACCCUUCGACUUGUGAGAACUCGAAUUAUCCAGACGACCGUUUUGCUAAUCUUACUCGCCUGAAGGUCUUACACUUGGAUGGGUUGAAUAAUCAAACGUUAGGUCCUGGAUUUAGAGCAUUGGUAUCUCUAGAAAAUUUGACAUUGUCUAGCAAUUUUUGUAAUUUAACUUCUUUAUAUAAUGACACAUUUCUGAAUGUUGGUCGUAUAAAACUCUUGGAUAUAAGUCAUUGUAAACUUGUAGGCAGUGCAAUGGAGAAUGGUUCUUUGGUGCCUUUAAAGAAUUUGACGGUUCUUGACAUGAGUAAAAAUUUACAAAUUGAAAUGUUAGCUUUUAGGAACAUCAUACGAGAGAUACGUAAUUAUAAAUUGGAAAUUUUAAAAAUCAAUUUUAUAAGACCUGGUUAUGCAACUCCUUUCACUAUUGACAGGACCUUAAUUGAAUAUUUACCAAGAUCCUUAACUCAUUUGGAAGCUGACGGAUGUAAUUUUGUAUCUGUGGCAACCAAAAGCUUAUCUCAUCUUCGCAGUAAUCUUAGGUAUCUGAGUUUAAAAAAUAAUCGUUUCUCAUAUGGGCAUUACAUCACAAAACUCAAGAAUUUGGCGCACUUGGAAGAGAUUAAUUUGAGAGGAGGAGAUUUGAACGACUUUCCUGAUACGUUGUUCAAUGAAGCAGAAUUUUAUAGCAGCCAGUCAGAACAUAAAUUCUCACAGCAAAACGAUUUCAUUUUCCAGCUACCCCCAAAUGUUAUCAAAAUUGAUAUAUCAUAUUGUGGAAUAUCUUACAAACUUAAAAGCCUAAAAGUAGAUCCUAAUAAUUCGCUAGAAGUGUUAAAUAUUAAUAACAACUAUUUCCCAUUUUUAAUUGGUCCGAUUGUUGGCCUUAACCAGUUGAAAUCAUUGAACCUUUCUCAUUGUUCAGUUAAAAACAUCAGUGAUAAAUUUUUUAUGAACUUAAGCAGUCUAAACAAGUUAUUUCUUGGGCAUAACAGUAUUGGCGAAUUGUUAGUGAACUCUCACUAUACCAUCACUCCGUUCAUUUCUUUGAAGCAACUCACAAGGCUGGACUUGUCUUACAACGGAUUAACUAUCGUCUAUCGAGACAUGCUGAGUGGGUUGACUGCACUGCAGGAAUUGCUUGUGAACAACAAUGACAUGUGGCACUUUAACAUUACAAUAGACCACAUGUUCAACUUGAGGCUGAUCAAUUUGAGUCACAACCAGAUCAAACAACUGCCUCUUGACUUUAGGGAACAUGUCGAUACACUCACGAAGGACCCCAAAAAGAAACUACUAGUUGAUUUUUCAUCUAAUCCCAUCCCAUGUGAUUGUCAGAACCUAGAUUUGAUUCAAUGGAUGGUCUCUUCCAGAGCGUUUGACCACACAUUCAAGAACUACAUUUGUACUUAUUCAGAUGAAUCCUACAAAAUCGUCCAAGAUGCCUUCGAGGAAACACUGCAAAAGCUGAGACACGCAUGCGCAGACAACUCUCCUGUGUUUCUCCUUGCAACAUUAAGUACAUUGAUAAUGAUUAUCUUGUUGAUGGCUAUAAUUUUAUACAGAUUCCGAUGGCAGUUGAGAUAUUUGUACUACGCGGCUUACCUGAAGGUCAAGAACAGUCACCGGAACCAGGAGACGAGAAGCUAUGUUUACGACGUAUUUGUGUCUUACGCUCAUCAAGAUGAAACAUUUAUAGUGCAACGUCUGAUGCCGGAGUUGAGUAACAGGGGCCUGAACGUUUUCGUCCAUGGCAGAGACUUUGUCGUGGGAGACUACAUCGCCUCCAAUAUCCUGACAGCCAUCAGAGAGAGUAGAAAGACUCUUGUGGUACUCACCAAGAGUCUAAUUGAAAGUACCUGGUGUAAUUAUGAGCUACAGAUGGCCAAUAUGGAGUCAGUUCACUCUGGACGCCAAGUGUUGGUGUUUUUGAUUAAAGACUCUCUAGGCAUCAUUGACUUCAAAACUGACCUUCUGUAUCACAUCAAGAACAACACAUACAUUGAAUACCCACAUGGGCCCAGAGAAACAGGGCUCGAUUUGAACUUAUUCUGGGAUAAGCUGAGCCUAGAUCUUAAGAACUAAAUUGAGAAUGAAACAAUCAGCCUUGCACUACAAAUGUAAUGGCUAUAAGAACUAACUCUGUCAUUUUAUGACCUGUAACACAAGAUCAUCUUUUCAUUUUAUAAUGCCUAGGCAAAUUAAAAAUAGCUAAAUG